AAUUGUUUUCUUCAUUAUCUUAAUAUGUGCUUUUAUUCAUUGUGAGUGCUUCAUUUGGAAUAUUGGUGACUGUGCGGUGUAUUAUGAUGAACCAUGUAAGAAAACUGUAGUGGAUUUUCGUCUUUAUACGCAUGAAAAUGGACGUACUUCAGUUGUCACCCUCAAUCCGUUUAAACCAACAAUGCCGCGAUCGUUAAAAACAAAUCGCGGUUUAAAAAUUUUAAUCCAUGGAUAUGGGGGUUUAGGAAUUGACUACGCUAUUAAAAAUGUCACCGCUGCGUACAAACUUUCAAAGGUUCCAGUAAUUAUAGUUGAUUGGAGCAUGAUAUCUUCAAUACCCUGCUAUCCAACCGCGUUUUUCAAUACUUGGCAUGUUGGACAAUGCACGGCCAUUUUAACAGUCAGCUUGGCGAAGGCAGGCAUCCCACCGAACAAAAUUCACGUUAUUGGAUUCAGCUUGGGUGCCCACAUUGCAAGUUUUGCUAGUAAUCAACUGCAAAAAACGUUGGGAGUGCCUUAUCAUCGGAUAACAGGUUUGGAUCCAGCCUUACCAUUUUUUGCAACAUUGGUGAACGAAUGGAAGCUAGACCCCAGCGAUGCGCCCUUUGUGGAUGUGAUUCACACCAGUGCAGGGUCCUUCGGUAAACUGGAAGCCAUUGGUCAUGUGGAUUUCUAUAUCAAUGGAGGUGCUAUGCAGCCAAAUUGCAUCAACGCCAAUUAUCCUCAACUCUGCAGUCACGUAAUGGCGGGUACGUAUUACGCCAGCACAAUACGCAACAAGAAGUUCUUCGGCUACGCAUGUCCGAGUAUUUUACACUAUACGCUCGGUUUCUGUUCGUUUGAGAAUGCAACCGGCGUUUUGAUGGGCGAACACGUCGACCGCAAAGCACGAGGCAUUUAUUUUGUGGAAACGACUAAUCCAUUACGAUUUCGUGCUUUAGAAACAAAAACCUAGCGAAUUGAAUAAUUACAGAUGUUCCGCAAGAAAUCCAUUAAAAUUAUUGAUAAAUAACAAAUAGGUGCAAAGAUUCAAGUACGUCCAGUCAUCGGCUACAAGGCCGCCAUAUUACUUACGGAGCAAUUAAUGUAAAUAAUGUAAACUGUGAGCAAUUAUGCGACACUGAACCACGAUCAAGCAAUCACAAUUAAUCACACCGUAAUAGAAAUUCAACACGGUUCAACUAACUGUGCGACGCACGCACAUGGUGAUUCCGUUAUUAUGCAACCA